AUGGCCGCUCUCACGGAGACCGUCAACAAGUUGAGCACGAGCGUCGGCGAAGCGCAAAAGCAAGGAGCCGGCAUCGUAGACGAGGAAAUCAGCGAGCUCUUCGCAGAACUCGACAUCGAACCCGGAAAGCCGGUCGAGGAAGAAGCGGUGAGCGCGAUUCGGGGGUGGGCUACCAUCGAGGACGACGAGGAGGUGACGGAGGCUCUUCGACUGGACGCAGCGGACGAAAUGGCGGAACUGCUGGCUGGAAUGCAAGUGACUACCGGCGGUGAUGAGGAGGACGAAGUGGAGGGCAGUGACGAUGACAACUCGGGGCCCGAGCGCCGUGCUCCACCCGAUUAUACUGAGCUGUCGCCUCACUUCAGCGUCCUGGAAGCGGCAGCAGAUGAGAGUGGCAACGCAGACGCGGCGUUCUUCCUAACGAAAGCGAAGAUGGCGAUGAUUGCAGCGCAUUCCGCUAGGCGGGUGCGCCAGGCAGACAUGAGAGAGUUUGUUGCUGGUACAGAGUAA